UCGACCCACACGAAACGGCGUUUGUGUUGGCAACUCGCAACUGCGGGGUUUGGACUCCGAUGCUCAUCUCCCUCAUUCUCUCCUCUCCACUUUCCUUUCUCUGCACUCUCGCUUCUGUGCAAAUCCAUGGAUUAUCAAUCUAAAACCCAGGAUAGGGUUUCGUCAAUCUCGUAAUUAUUUUUUCUCCGAUUCCUUGAUUCUUCUGCUUUUUUUUUAGUCUGGAGCCAUGGUGUUGAGAUCUGGCAGGAGAAAGCUAUCCUUCGAUAUUCUUAGCGGCAAUGGCUCCAUGGACGACGAAUUUGUCCUUUUCCGAUCAAAUUCCGAUCAAGUUCGACAGAUUGAUGGAGAUGAAGGUCGUGUGGAUCCUGGUGGGGAUAAGCCAAAUCGUCGCAAACGGAAGAACAAGAGUUCGAAGAAGAAGAAGUAUUAUAUUGAUUGUUCCAUCGAGGAGGAUCCGGUUACUGGUAAUACGGGUGUUGAUUCGGUGUUGGUUGAUCAGAGAUCUUGUUUAUACGAGAACGGCUCUUGUGACAAUGGAGUGAAGUCUGAUUACCAAAGUUAUAGGAGUCAGACCGUUAUCUGUGAAGAAGUUACGGUUUCAGAGGAGAAUGAUGCAAAUGUUCGAACUGUGCAUCAUGUGGCCGAGCAUGAUUUUCAGAAUCUGCAUGGGGAUCGACAUCAAUCUGGGGAAUUGAGACAGAGGAGUGUGGGUGGAAGUGGUCUAUGUAAUGAAUCUGUAUCGCGGACUGGCGAGCCUGCUAAGGAGGAGAACAGUGUGGGAUUGAAGUCGUCGUCAUCGGGGCAAUGGCGGCCUGAUCCUAAUGGGAGUGCUGUUACAACUAAAUUAGAAACAGAAUUGUCACUGGACUGGAAGCAGCUAAUGGCUGAAGAUCCAAGUUUUCUCUUUGCUGUGGAGAAAUCACCAGUUAAAUUUUUUAUUGGAGAAUUGUAUUUUGGAAAUUCUUUGCAUAGCACAACAACCAUUGGAAAUGAAAAAGAGCGAGAAAGAGUCUAUGAUACUAUCUUCCGUUUGCCAUGGAGAUGUGAACUGCUUAUUAAUGUUGGCUUCUUGGUCUGCUUGGAUUCAUUUCUGUCAUUGCUGACUAUCAUGCCAGCAAGGGUACUUAUGACCUUUAGGAGGCUUCUGAAUACAAGGCAGUUCAAGAGACCACAUGCAGCAGAGCUAUCUGAUUUUGGGUGUUUAAUUGUGUUGGCCCUUGGAGUCAUUCUUCUUCAAGAAACAGAUAUCAGCCUAAUAUAUCACAUGAUCCGUGGUCAAGGAACAAUCAAGCUCUAUGUGGUGUACAAUGUAUUAGAGAUAUUUGAUAAACUAUGCCAAAAUUUUGGCGGGGAUGUGUUGCAAACUCUGUUCAGUUCUUCAGAGGGGCUUGCAAAUUCUUCACCAGAAAAUAUGAGAUUUUGGCUGUGGAGAUAUAUUUCUGAUCAAGCAUUAGCUAUUGUUGCAUCUAUUGUGCAUUCAUUUAUCUUAUUAGCCCAGGCAAUCACUUUAUCUACGUGUAUUGUUGCCCACAAUAAUGCACUGCUUKCUUUGCUGGUAUCAAAUAAUUUUGCUGAGAUUAAGAGCAAUGUGUUUAAACGCUUUAGCAAGGACAACAUUCACAGUGUGGUGUACCAUGAUUCGGUGGAGAGGUUCCACAUUCUCUCAUUUCUCUUAUUUGUGCUAGCUCAAAAUAUUCUGGAGGCUGAGGGUCCCUGGUUUGGGAAUUUUCUUUUUAAUGCUCUUCUGGUUUACAUAUGUGAAAUGUCCAUUGACAUUAUCAAGCAUUCAUUCAUUGCAAAAUUCAAUGAAAUAAAGCCCAUUGCAUUUUCUGAGUUUCUGGAAGACCUCUGCAAACAGAUUUUGAAUAUUGCGCCAGAGAAUGGAAAGAAAAACCUUACUUUUGUUCCUUUGGCACCAGCAUGCGUGGUUAUCCGAGUGCUAACUCCGGUAUAUUCAGCUCAUCUUCCCUAUGGCCCACUCCCAUGGAGGCUGCUUUGGAUCUUUCUCUUGUUAGCAAUGACCUAUGUUAUGCUCGCAACCGUCAAGGUAUUGAACGGCAUGGGCCUACAAAAACUCGCCGUUUGGUAUGUCCAUAGAUGCCAGAAGAGAAAACACCACCUUCACUCGGACUAACCUAUAAAUGCAAUUAGCUUGGGUCUUUAGUGCUCCCAGAUCACUUUACCACAACAGGUCUCAUACGACCCUGAGUGCAUCUUCUGGUUCCGGCAAGGGCCAAGGGUCCGUCAGUUUUGCACCAUCAACCAUUACCGGAGUAGUGGAGUAGUGUAUGGACCCCUUGCUGGGUCAGUCACCCGCAUGCUCCAAUCUGUUAACAAAAAUUUUGGUUUUCACAUAAAAUCUUCUUUCAAAUUUUGUCCAAAAGAAAAAGAAUGUAUGUAUAUCUGCAAAACCCAUCAAAUCUGUGAUGUAAAAUACCCUCUCUCUCUCAUACACACCACACAUUCAUAGUGCGCAGGAGAGAGAGAGAGAGAGAGAGAGAGAGAGAGAGAGAGAGAGAGCCAGUUCCACAGAAGAACCAGUUCAUGCACAAAACUCAUCCUUGAAUUAAUGUGGAAUUGAGUUUAUAGCAAAUGGAAACUCUAGAUACGUUAUCCA